UAGCUCACAACCGCGCGCAACCCUCUCGUGGCCGCACGCUUGCCCGCCCGCCUCUGUCCUGCAUUGUUCCUUCCCUACUGCUCACAGGCGGCGGGCCAUUAACUGCCUGCUCGCGUGGCGUCUGGAAACCUUGACCCUCGCCCCUGCUGUUGUGCGUGACGGUCGGAAGGAAUCACGCGGCAAAACAGGAUUAUUUGUGUCUUUUUAUUUUAUUUAUUCAUUCAGUGACCGAAGUGGAUAACAUCGUACCUGGUGUAACAUGUGUUGACUGGAGUAGCAACAACGCAUUACAGUACCCAGAGAACAUUCAACAGUGGCGCUGACCUACUUCUCUUCCACACUUCCGCACCAUUGAGUGUGUCAAGAGACGUGGCGGUGGUCGGGUAGCUUCGUCUCGGGGCGUUGCACUCACUGCUCCAGGGUGACGGCUAGACACCGAUGCACGACCACCGGGGCGGAAGAAGAGACUGACGCGGAGGUGCAACGAAUGACCUAAAAUGCGGCCACCAGACCCUCGCCGCCCCGCUAAUGACCCCGGCAGGAGGAGGAGUGACGCGCCCCCGAAGGUUGUGUCCUUAUGACCACAGGAACGAGGAUGCCCAAGAGAUUCGUGCCUCAGUAUGACGUUAAGAUCCGCGGCGGCAGACUCAUCACAGAAUGGCGCUUCGGGGCUCACCCAACGGUGCAUGCCGUUUCUCCGAGCGGCGUGCCCUUGGUGCUGCGACAGAAGCCACAGAAUGGAGUGGGCGCCAGAACGGGCGUAGGGGACCUUGUUGCUUCCCCAGGCGGUGGCAAUAGAGACGAUGGCGGGAAUCCUGGGAACUUUUCGGUCUUGCCGCCCAUCAAAGACUCCGGGAAGAGAAUCGAGAGUUUCUCCCUCUCUGAACUUGACGACAUUUCUCUUAAGAAUGAGGUCCUGAGGAACAUGAAGGAAAUGUCUGACCGCGGCCUGCAGGGGUUGCUGGCCAACCUGCGAGCGCAGGACAGGGACAGAGACGGGGUCUUGUCUACGGACGUGGUUAAAGGAACAUUGAAAAAAUAUCAGCUGAAGCUCAGUGAGGAGGGCAUGAAAAACCUGUGCAAGAAGUUCGGCGAGGCCGGAACCCACGUGACUAUGGUGCGCUACGAGGACAUGAUCAACUACCUGGCGAAGUCCAGGAUGGAGGCCCUCAGAGCCCCGCCGCCCAUGCCAGGCCAAAGGGUCCAAGAAUCAGAGGAGUCUGGGUCCCAGCCACAACCCAUGCCACCCAAACAACAACACCCUCGGAAGGUGAACUUGAGGAACAGGGUUCUUUUCAGCGAUAAGGACGAGGCCCAGCUGAUCUCCGACAUGGAGCGUCAGCUGUCCGGGAAGCCAGUCAACAUGGCGGACCUGCGCAGAACCAUGUAUGACUUGGACCGUGACCGCAACGACUUCCUCAGCGGGAAGCAAGUAGAGGUUGCUUUCUCCAAGUGUGGGGUGUACCUGACGCCAGACGUGCGGGCCCGCCUGCUGCUGGCCACGGACCGCACGGGGGCAGGGAUGUACAAGAUUGAGACGCUGAUGGACUAUCUGACGCGGGUGAAGCCGGAGACACACUACACAGUCGAGCUGGGCAACAGCCACAGGCCACGCCAGGCGAGGGUGGGUCGGCAUCCGAUAUACCAGAACCAACCGAUGCUGAACGCCCCCUGGGAACUAACGCAGCAGGAACCCAACACUCACGGGGAACUUCCUGACGAGGGUUUCAGCGAGGAGCAGCAGCAGCAGCAGCGACAACGGUUACAGCAGCUGCAGGAAGUACAGCCUCUCGCCCCGCCCCCGCCAAAUGUGCCCGAGGAGACCGAGCUUCCCUUCGACGUGCAAAAAUGGAGCAGCGACUACCAAUACCUAGCACAAGCUGUCUACCAGGCCGACCACGACCAGUCAGAUUACAUGCCGGCAGAGGAGGUGCAACAUAUCUCCUCUACAUACAAUCUGGUGUACAACCUUCAAAUAUCAGAACAGACGCUCCUCACUGCCCUCAACACUGCCACUGAUGAGACCUAUGGCGAGGUCAAUUUGGAGUACUUCAUUGCCGCUCUUCAGGAUUUGCAUUUCCGAGAGAGUGGCGCUUACUGAACUGAAUCAGUAUACAACACCAACUUAUCUCCAGUCACUGUGUGGCUUAACUGAUUUGUUAUUAUUGUUACUCAUUUAAUUUUUCUUGGCGUUGGAAGUACCUACAAUAUAAUACGUCCGCGAGCCCCCUUCCCUCCCACAACUCAACAUUUAAUAUCCCAAUUUCUCUUAAAAUAACCUAUGCUAGCAGACCCCUUCCCCAUUAAGACAUUAACCUACAUGACCCUUCUGCAUGAUAGGUGCGUUCAGUGCUUGUAUGUAGUACGGAUGUAUUAUAAAGACUUCCGCAUCUCUGGUGGGUAUCAUACAAACACAGCGGGGAACCGGCGGACAGGUAAGACUAAUCUGAAUAUCUUGUAUACCUAAUUAUAUUGUAAUAAACAUAAUUUGUGUAGAUCAUACUAUAAUUCAUUAGAUAUUGAUAUCUACUAUGUUGAUUAUAAUGAGGAUGCUUCACAGAUCAUUAGAAAGUUCACAUUCUUAUUUUCUGAUCCAGUGGUACUCAUUGAGCAAACAAUUGCAGCAGCAUUAGUUUCCAAGCAACCAAGUAAUAGUAAUUAUUUCAUGCAUUUUGUUGCAUACCAUGAAGUGUGUGUGGGACCAAUGUAAAUGUCGCCUUAAUAGUUGUUUCGUGAGUAGUACAUGUUGUUUCCAAUUAUACAGUUCUGUGUUGUUUAGGGCUGAAAUCAACACUGACUUUCUUAAUUCAUUGUUUGUUUCAAUGUGUUAUAAUCAUAGGCAUGAGUGAAUCCUUUCUUAAAUCAAGCAAACUUUAAUUUCCAAGACAUUACUGAAUAAUAGUUAUCAAUAUUAUUUCUGAGGUGGAAACCUCUCAAGACUUAAGAUGAAUAAAAAUGUGUUUUUGA